AGAAUGUUUACUGCCUAGACAAUCUGACUAGCUUCUGGGGAGCAUCUGUGUGGCCGCCAUACCUCGUGGUGGUCAGAACAUGGAGAGUUUCUCACUUCUCAGCAUCUCUAGACCGCGAAUCUCUUCCUCUGCCCUGAGCACUUUUCCUGAUAUCAUGUCCUCACUUGCUACCAGCUUGCCAGACUUGAGGGACAGCCAGAAUGGGGAGCAGCUGAGGCGAAACUGCACCAUCUACCGGCCCUGGUUUUCCCCUUACAGCUACUUCGUAUGCACAGACAAAGAGAGCCACCUGGAGGCCUAUGGGUUCCCAGAGGUGGACUGGGAAGACGGCAGAGGGGACAACUGCCUUAUUGAGGAUGGGACUGACAGUGUCUGCUCAUCUUCCUCCUCCCAAGAGAACACAUUCCCUAGGGAGGUCAACAGGAAAUCCAAGCAUGGGUUGGAGUCUAUUACGUCCCAGGAUAUCCUAAUGGCUUCCAAGUGGCACCCGGCCCAACAGAAUGGCUACAAGUGUGCGGCCUGCUGCCGCAUGUACCCUACUUUGCACUCCCUCAAGAGCCACAUCAAGGGGGGCUUCAAGGAGGGUUUCAGCUGCAAGGUGUACUACCGCAAGCUCAAAACUCUCUGCGGCAAGGAGCAGAAGGCCCGGUCAGGAGAUAGGCUUUCCUUGGGUAGUUGCUAGGCCUUCAAGUAGUCUGUUGACACCUUAGGUAAACAGGGAUGAAGCCUACUUGUGCCUCUGGAGAGGUACCAAUAAAUUGAAGUUAGUCAUAA